AUGGCCGAAGAAUUUCAAAAGAAGCGAAAGCGUCAAUCAAAUGGCACCACUGCUACUCCCAACAAGAAAGUGGCCAUUGAUCAUCAUGCCGCUGCAGGAAAUGUGAAAGUCACAAAUGUCAUCCACGAACGCGGACUACGACCAAUAAUAGCAUCUGCACCCGGUUUGGCACCUUCAAACAUUGCCUUUAAAGCGUACUGCGACUCCAAAAACGAAUCCAAUGUUGUUCUACAUUCGUCCCAACAUCCACGUCUCGACUACACCGCUCUGCCGAACACGCUCGACUCUGGCUUAUCGCACUACAUUGCUGUUUUCAAUCCACAGGCGGAAACGCUGCAGAUUGUGCCCGCCAAUUAUUUGAAUCUUCGCGGAAGUGUCCGAGCAGAAGAGCAAGAGGUGGAAGCCGCGGCCCGUGGUAUGACUGGUGCAAAGCAAAGGGAAGAGCUUGGACGAGAAUUUGGAACAAAGAAGGCUAAAAAGGCAAUCGCCAGCAAGACCGAAAACGCAAUCACCAAAGAUUCCAAAGGAAAGGGCGCCAUCACAGCGACGCAGACUGCGAUCCUCGAAUCGGUGGGCACAGCAACGGCCGAUCAAGCCUCUAGGCAAGAUCAAGAACGAGCAUUGCUUGCCGCGAAGCCAAUACCCCCGCCCAAUCUUGACGCUGCAAAUGUCGAAGAUGUCUACCCUCUUGCGACGCUUCUCCCUCCACAUGAAGCGAAACUAGUGAACAUAAAGGAAUGGCAAGAGGCUACCAUCAGCGAAGAAGAAGAGAAAAAGAUCGAGUUUGUUCAUUCCUUCCCCGCCUAUCGCGUUGCUGCAAUUGGAAAAGCCCAUGACAGUGAUCGAUUGAAGGCUUUGCGCUACCUCAAUCUCCUGCUCAUUUUCCACGAAGCCCUCAGCGGCGGUCGAGUGAAGAAAGUACCACCCAAGGACAAGCUCAAGGAGAAAUUCUCUGACUAUCCCAUGUCUUUGGUGGACUCUGUGCGCCGUCGUUUCACGAAUGAUUCCGGAAACGAGCUGGGUAAGUUUCAGCUUGACAAGCUCUACACGCACAUUUGCGCGUUGAGUCUGUUUGUGGACAAUUGGAGCACGCAUAUUACGGAUCUCAAGAAUGAUCUGAAAAUGGACACUGCUGUUCUUGCGAAGUACUAUCAGGAAUUGGGCUGUGUGGUCAGGGCGCCGAGCGAAUCUGAGAGGGCUAAGAUGAAGAUCACCAAGGAGGCUGCAAAAGCAUCACGGAUUGCAAAAUUGCGAUUGCCGUUGCAGUUCCCGAAGGUCAGCCGGAGGCGAGUUUGA